AUGAAACCAGUGAAAAAGCUUCCAAUGACAAGUUUAGCCAUUGUAUUUGCAAUCAUUUCUGUCACUAUAGUCACUAUGUUCACCAUGCCAAAAGGAUGUGGGUACGUGUAUGAUCCAGAAUACUUUCAAUGGAUACCUGAAGAUGACGAAUGUGCGGCAAACUUUGCAAAUGGAAUAAUGUUUGCAAUAUUUGCAAUUACAUUAGUCUCGAAUUCAUUCAAUGUAGCCACUGCUGCACGUCUUCUAUUCAGUAAAAUGGUCGGAAUGACCAAAAAAGACUCUUCGAGACGACGACGUAGAUGGAUGAUCAUGUUCUUACAGAGCGUUAUGACCGAUUGUCUUCAUUUGGUUGAUAUCAUAAAUGCUACUUAUAUUUAUAAAUUCAACGACGAGCUCUGGUUUCAGUUCAUUUUUUUGACGAUGUCUUUCAUUUUGAUUUAUACUUUGGAUGGAUUCGUAAUGCUGAUAUUCAACCAACAUUUUCUUCCGAAAAUCUGUAGAAAGAAUGGGAAACAAAUGAGUGUGAUGGUUGUCACUUCACGGAUAUCAGUUACUACAUUAUCAAAACAAUAG